AUGACACCAGUGAAGUCUUCCUUAUCAAUCUCUAGUUUAGCAUUAGAAAGAAAUGACAAUACGACAGCACCAUACGUGUUGUACAAAGAUGGCGUUGAACGCGCCCCACCUGGUACUCAAUGGGGCGGAGUCCUGGACGGCGGCUACCAGCCAAUGCAGCACCAAAGCCCUGGCGGGCCCUCGCCUCAACCAGAACCACAGCUCGCCUCCCCCGCGCCUUCACCUUACCCGCCCGCGCCACCACCCCCCGACCAAACAGAAGACCCCACACACCAUCUCGCACAACAGGCACAGCAACAACAACAGCAGCAGCAACAACAACAAACAUCCCCCGAACAUAUGCAAGUCGAGCAACAACUCCAAACGCAACCUGUCAACACGCAACCGAACCAGGAACACCUCGACAGAACACCAUGCUUCGUUCCUCAACCAGACCUACAACAACAAUAUGCCACGCCGUAUUUCAAAGAAACUAGACCUGCUAGCCAUAUGCUUGGUACUGGAGGCUUUCCUUUGCAUUAUCUCAAACAGAACGGUGGAGUACUAUCUCUCGAAGGACCACUGGACCAAUACUCGGCGCCAGACUUACGACACCUACCCGAUAUUGUUCAACCGGAACCACCGAAACCUCGGAAACACAACCCUAAUUCUGAGCUUCGGCUUUUCAAAUGUCUCACGUGUGGGAAAGACUUCAAGCAGAAGUCUACGUUGCUACAGCACGAGCGCAUCCACACGGACUCUCGGCCCUACGGUUGUCCGGAAUGCGGCAAGCGGUUUCGGCAGCAGUCGCACCUGACCCAACAUCUUCGGAUCCACGCGAACGAGAAGCCCUACGCGUGCGUGUACUGCCCCAGGUCGUUCCGGCAGCGCGCGAUCCUCAACCAGCAUCUCCGCAUCCAUUCCGGUGAGAAGCCAUAUACGUGCGGCGAGUGCGGCAAACAUUUCCGCCAGAAGGCCAUCCUGAACCAGCACGUCCGCACACACCAAGGCGAGCGCAAUUCACACAUAUAUGCCCCUCCCUCCCCGCGCGCGUCGCCCGCACUGACAACAGUCAUUGCCGGCGCCGCCUGCGAUCCCCGCCGCUCCCCACACGUUCGAUUCGGUCUCGCAUCCAUUGGCCUUCCUAUCAAACAAAUUAUCGGUCCCCUCGUCGCCCGCAUUAUGCAGGGUGCUCGCGAGACGCGGAACCGAUCGCCGGACGAUCCCGUAACCGUCCUCAAUGUAUCGCCGCAUCUGAUUUUCAAGAACGGAACAACGCCCACGCUGUGGCCCCAAGACGUGCCAUUCCCCGCCGACGAAAAUAAAGAGGAAGUGCAGUCGACGUUCGGCGAUGCUGACGGUCAGAACGGGGAGCAACGCGGCUCCUGCUUUUCACCGGGAGACACGGCCCAGUAUCCCGCCUAUUUUAAGGACACCAAAGGACUCAAUCAUACAGUUUUCGGCUCCGGUCUCUCUCUACAAUAUUUGAAAGGAGGUAAACUGCCAGACGUUCUCGGCGGCCGAGCUAUGCCCCUGUAUGUACGAUGCCCCAUCUGUCAAAAAGAGUUCAAGCAGAAAUCGACUCUCCUCCAACACGGCUGCAUUCAUAUUGAAUCGCGACCGUACCCGUGUCCGGAGUGCGGCAAGCGUUUCCGGCAACAGUCGCAUCUAACACAACAUCUCCGCAUCCAUACAAAUGAGAAACCGUACGGGUGCGUAUACUGCCCGCGAUUCUUCCGACAACGGACGAUCCUGAACCAGCAUCUCCGUAUCCAUACCGGAGAGAAGCCUUAUAAAUGCACUCAAUGCGGCAAAGACUUCAGACAGAAAGCGAUUUUAGAUCAGCACACGCGAACACACCAAGGGGACCGACCGUUCUGCUGCCCGAUGCCGAAUUGCAGGCGGCGAUUCGCGACUGAGCCAGAGGUGAAGAAGCACAUCGACAACCACAUGAAUCCACAUGCAGCCAAAGUGAGACGGGCGGAUGCCAACAAAACGCCGCGGCCGCUGCCACCGGCAGCGGCGGUUGUGAAGCCGGAGUUGUACUUCCCGCAGUGUUAUGCGCCGCCGUUCCAGCAGUUCCCGUCGGGCGGAGAGUUUAAGCCAGCGGUGGGUCCAGGGGCGCCGGUGACGUGCCUGCCGGCGCAGUGA